UAUGAAUUUAACUGAGGAAGACAUUGAUAUGUGUUAAAGGGCAUUUGCUGAAAUGGAUGAAGUAUAUUUAAUAUUUCAUUUAGGAUGGUGUUGGAGCUAUUAGAGGUCAGGAUUUAAAAAUUGCUUUAGAAAAAAUCGGUUUCAAACCAUCAGAAAAUGAACUCUAUAAAAUUAUAAGUGAAGUGGAGGAAACAAAUACAGGACUUAUAAGAUUUAGUGAUUUCUUAGGUGUGUAUUGGAAAUUUAAGUAUUCUAACUAAGAUGGUAUGUAUUAUUAACUUAUUUAUUUUAGAUGAUGACUAAGACACAAUUGAUGCCUUUGUUGCAAUGGGAGGAAACCCAGAUAAAACAGGAUCAGUAUCAAUUUUUGAUUAAUCAAUAGAUAAGUACAGAUAAACUAGUAUAAAUUAUUAAAUCUGAAUUCGAAUUAACAAUUGAUAUAGAAAGUCUUAUUAGAGAUGUAGAUAAGGACAAUUCAGGAUAAAUUGAAUUUGGAGAAUUUAAAGAUCUAUUAAAAACUUCAUACGCUAAUGAUGAAUGAAAC